AUGAAUGAUGGAGGGUGGAAGCCGGUUCUUAAAAAACGGAGGAUGGGUCUGCAAACUGGUCGAUCAAGGAUGAAUGAUUUGGUCUCUCUUUUCGUGGAUGAAGUACCAGAGGCUAUGACCCCUUCAGAUCUAUUUAAUCUGUUCAGCAAGUUUGGAGUUGUGAAGGAUGUCUUCAUACCAUUGAAAAUAAGGAAAACGACAAGAUCAAGAUUUGGAUUUGUUAGGUACGAUUGCAAGGUGGCCGCAGAGGUGGUAGUGAGAAAAACUGAUGGCUUAUGGUGUCAUAACAGGGCCUUGAGAGUAAAGAUGGCUGAGCACAGCAAGUGCAAUCAAAGUAGACAGAUGCUAACAAAUGCUAAGCAGGGAGGUAUGGUGUAG